UUUUUCAACUGACUCUCUCGCUCAACGUCUCAUACCACGACUCUGUGUACAAUCACUGCAUAGUGUACCAACAAACAAAAAUUGUAUUUCCAAAGUUACUUCCCUGAAGUAGAAGCGGCAAAGGUUUAAGUCUUGCGAGAAAAAAACGAACUAACAGAAGACAAACAAAAAUAAAAAGCAACAGCAGCAACAACAAUAACAAGCCAAAGAUGUCGAGACCAAUGGGUGAAGGCAAGAUCCUCAAGGACAACCGGUCCACCUACAACCUAAUCCAACACGAACAUCACGUUCCACAGUCACCUUUCUUCAAACCCGGAGACGCCCAAAAGUAUGGGCCCGGCAUGAGAAGACAAGAGGACUGGAGGGGAGCACCACAGUCUGAUAGGCAGGGCGGUGGGAGGGGCAUGGACGAUUCCUACAAUCCACAAACCAAUCGUAUCCGCCACGAUCAACACAUGCCCCAGUCUCCGCUCUAUGUCUCGGGGAAGUCCCCACGACAGGGAUAUGACCAAACUCAAGGCUACGACCAGACUCAAGGUUACGACCAAUCGCGUGCUUAUCAGCAGAGCCCUGUGUUCCUCAAAGACGUGCAAGACACCAGCCCUAGGGUGGACUUCAGAGAUGAGCCGGGGUACGGCAGUCCGACGGGAAGACAAAGCGGGGCAGACAUGAGGCGGGAUGACAACUUCCAGCUGAUGGCGUCCCCCGAUCCCCUUGACCUUCCGACUCACCAUAAGGCACGUGAUCCUAUGAGCAACGGGUUUAAAGCGUACAACGAGCAGAUGUCCAGGGUCAUUGACCAUACCAGUCACGUGCCACACUCUCCCCUGUACAGACCUAGCCCCAGGGACACUGAGACACCCACACAACAGCAACAUCAACAGCAACAGCAACAGCAACAGCAUCUCUUUGAUGGGAAGCCUACCGAUGGGGUAGGAGUUCAAAACACCGAGGAUAAUCGUACACAUUCCAGGGAGAUUGUUCCCUUGAGAUUCCGGUCAAACUUUCAACGGUCACACCUUAGACGGAGCUACCCUGGACCUUUUCGAGACAGCGGAGUGUUCAUUCCACAUAGAAGCCACGUGCCCCUCACACCUCUUUACAGACAUGAUUUUCAGCUGAUGAACCAAAACAAGUUGGCUUGUAGCAAAACAAAACUGGGCGAUGUUAAAUUGCCGGAAGUUAUCUCCCCCAGAGAGGCUGCAGAAACAGCUGACAAACCGACCUGGGCAACAAAUACGUGGCCUAAAAAGAACGUGACAUACGGCGGCUCUCGUCCAAUGAGCGAUCAGUUCAUUGGCCACCGGAAUCAUGUACCUCUAACACCGAUUUACCGACAGGGACAAACUCUUGGGGCUUCUAGGCCAGACGGACCACCCACACCCAACUACAACGUGUCCCAUCUUAGGUUUGAGGAGGAGCCUUACCAUCAUCAGCCAAACGCCAAAGCCCCAGCUAUGAUCUCCCCAAGGAGGGAGUACCACAUCAGCGACUACAAGGGCAACCCCAUGCCUCCUAUGGGCGACAGCCUGGGCUACUACACUGACCGGCCCGGCUACUACAAUGACGAUGGUGCUAUCCUCACUGAUCGUUCUCCCACCGGGGAGCUCCGGAACUUCGACACGGACCCUCGAGGCUACAACACUGUGCGCUCUAAUUACAGCAACUACAGAUCCAACCCAUGGGCACAGAACAAGCCUGGCCGCGGAGAUUUGUUCGAUCCUAGAGCAGGACAUGGAGCGACCGGACGGAAUGGAGGAGCUCUUCUGUUUAUCCGUUUCCCAGUGGGACAAGGAGAGAACAUAUCUGUGGCAUCACAGGCUUUCCAGAAGUCCAAGAUACAUGACGUAGGGGGUCGUUUCCUGGGCAUCGCCAGAAAGGUGUACGACUUCGGCUACGACGCCGGGACCGCUGAGGCAGUGGGCGUGUUCCACUUCCCCACCAUGGACAAGGCAGUCCUGUUCUUCCAGCUGGACCCCAUCCUACGUCAACCCGACUUCCCCCCGCCUUACGGACACUCGGCUAUGUGGAUCGUGUGUAACGCCUAUCUACCCGACAACAUGGACUUGUUCAACACAUUCUUGCUUUCGGAGAUAGAACUUCAUCGAGGAAAGACCAAAAGGCAGUUCUUUGAGGAAUUCCAGGUUGAUUUUGAGAAGUUCCUGGCCAAAAACGGUGCCAUGCCAUUUGCCGUCUGCUCGUACGGCGGCCAGGACAGGCGUAGUCUGAGACGUCACGCCUACCCGGCAAACUCUGUGGUCACGUGCCAUCUAUUCCAGGGCAUGGAGCAUCUCAAGUACAUGACGGAAGACGAGACGUACUGUAAGUUCCGCAGCCUUCACAACCAGAUGGCCCUGGAGAAAUGCUCGGUGUUCAGUAUCUCCAAAAGAGGAAUUCUGUAGUUCUGUUAUUUGUAGAUAAGAUUAUUUUUAGUUGUUUUUUUGUGUUUUGUGUACUGAGCUGAAACUGUGAUAUUUUAAACGUUUUUUUUUUCACCACGAAAAGGUCAUUACAGUCAGCGUGGAUAUUGUCAAAGAAGUACUUUGAUACAAUUACCGUCGUUUGUACAGGGAACGAGUAGCAUAGAUAGACAGAAACAACUGCAGGGCGGAAAAGAAAGAAGACCUAGAUCUAUCUGUGUUGUCUUUAAACCACCCAUAAUAGAGGGCUUGCGAUAUAAUAGCGUACAGCCAAAGCAAAAUACAACCAGCCACAUCAACUGGAGCAAUAUUAACAAUAACAAAAACAGCAGUAACAACAACAGGAACAACAAUAUCAAGGAUAUUGAAAUGUUUAUCAUAUCUGCUCAUGUUCACAAUGCGGUGUUGACGCUCAAAGACAAUGCAUGUGACUGUGACUGGGAAUUAAGGAACAAAAACACGGAAUGUGUUUUCUCCUUUUAAAGACGUUUUUAAGAACUAGAUUCUGGAACUACGCGACUCAUUGCUCUUCAUGUAGUAUUUUCCUAACUACGGCAAGGUCGACGGUAUAGUACCGUAUAGCGUUUGUCGUUGUUGUUCUUAGCGUUGUCAUAAAGUGCGGAGUGUGAAAUAGAUUGUUAACCAUGUCUGAGAUAUUUGCAAGCCAUAUUUUGGAGAGUAUACCUUUACAAUGUUGUCAUGUCGACAUCAAAUAGAUAUUUUUGUUGCACUCAUUUUUUUUAUUAACAUACGUUUUAAUAAUCUCUUUGAAAACAUUGGACUAUAACAUUUCACUCUGUUUAUCUAUGUAUAUAGUUCAGUUUUGCAACACUGCAAAACUUAAGGAAACAGUCCAAUUAUUGAUUGAAGUCCCAACCGAGAAGGAGAAUAAUGUCAUAUAUUCAAAGAUACACUGAAACGCCAUACGCGUUGCUCUGUGUAACAUUGCAAAUGCGCACCAUAAUCUUGAAUGUAUUUCAAAAUGAGUGUACGAUAUGGGCUAAACAGAAAUUUAUUAUAGUAACGUGUCCUAUUUUUUGCCCGAAAUAGAGUAUUGUGUUAAUCUUAUUUGAAAUAUGUUCGGUAUUUCUUGAACGGUCAUAGAGUCUGAGGUGAGAGGGAGUUUAGUAAGAUAAAUUAUUAUGUGUAAUGCCAUUGUCAGAGAUUUUUUUCAGGGGGGUGGGGUGGGUCUUUUUAAUCUUUUUAGUAAUAAGUACUAAGUACCUGUUGUGUCACCUAUGUGGGCAAUCAAUGACACUGAUAACAUACGAAGUACAAUCUCCCCUCCACCCCCCC